UAAUUGUAAUGUUGCUUUAUUCUUUCGUUGUUUCCUUUUGUGAGACAGUAGGGACUGACAUUUAUUGCAGGCCUUUAUUUCCAUCUUUAUUGUUCACUGCAUUCUGAAUAGUUCUCAGAAAGUCAGCAUGAAAUAUGGAUUAGAUACAUUCCCAGACAGAUAGUACAGAGGAGCGAGGGGACAGGAGGAAGCAGGAAAGACACCAAAAAUCAGAUGAAAAGAGCUUCAAAGAUUCUCUUUCCUCUUAGCGGAAGUUUCUAAAGGAUCAGAAGAUGAAGCAAAACAUGAAGGUUAACCUACGCUGGAUACUGGAAUUGGAUACAAAGGACGUACUUUAGAAAAACCGACCGGGUGCUUAAGCGGUCACAGCCGUGACACGGCCUGAGCCGGGUGUCGCCUCAGGGGUGGUUCCGUGCACCGCAGCGCCCGAGUGAACGUGAAGCUGACAUCUACACCAGAACAUCGCCGGCAUCCCUCGGGAACGGGCGGUGCGCCGACACCGGCAUUUCCCUGCGGGAAUUGCUCGGCACGGAAGUGACGCGCGGCCGGGAAGUGACGGCGGCGGCGGCGGGAGCGCGGCCGCGCGGGGCCGGUGCGGGCCAUGAACAGCCGCCUGCAGGAGAUCCGCGAGCGGCAGAAGCUCCGCCGCCAGCUCCUGGCGCAGCAGCUGGGGGCCGAGAACGCCGACAGCAUCGGCGCCGUGCUCAACAGCAAGGAUGAGCAGCGGGAGAUCGCGGAAACCAGGGAGACCUGCAGGGCUGCUUAUGAUACUUCUGCACCAAAUGCAAAACGUAAAUAUCCAGAUGAGGGAGAAGCUGAUGAGGAAGAGAUUGAAGAAUAUAAGGAUGAAGUAGAGCUGCAGCAAGAUGAAGAAAACCUGCCUUAUGAAGAAGAGAUUUACAAAGAUUCCAGUACCUUUCUUAAGGGCACUCAGAGCUUAAAUCCACACAAUGAUUACUGCCAGCACUUUGUGGAUACAGGGCACAGACCCCAGAACUUCAUCAGAGACGUUGGCUUAGCAGAUAGGUUUGAAGAAUAUCCAAAACUUAGAGAGCUCAUCAGAUUGAAGGAUGAGCUGAUAUGUAAAUCUAACACUCCUCCCAUGUAUUUGCAAGCAGACUUGGAAGCCUUUGAUAUUAGGGAACUGAAGUCCAAAUUUGAUGUGAUUCUCCUGGAGCCGCCAUUGGAAGAAUAUUACCGAGAGACUGGCAUUACUGCCAACGAAAAAUGCUGGACCUGGGAUGAUAUCAUGAAAUUGGAAAUUGAAGAAAUUGCAGCCCCAAGGUCAUUCGUGUUUCUGUGGUGCGGCUCGGGCGAGGGUCUGGAUCUUGGCCGAGUGUGUCUGCGCAAAUGGGGUUACAGAAGAUGUGAGGACAUUUGCUGGAUUAAAACAAAUAAGAACAACCCUGGCAAGACCAAGACUCUAGACCCCAAGGCUGUCUUCCAAAGAACCAAGGAGCACUGCCUCAUGGGCAUCAAGGGCACCGUGCGCCGCAGCACCGACGGAGACUUCAUCCACGCCAACGUUGACAUCGACCUCAUCAUCACCGAGGAGCCUGAAAUCGGCAACAUAGAGAAACCUGUGGAGAUUUUCCACAUCAUUGAGCACUUCUGCCUCGGGCGGCGGCGGCUUCACCUCUUCGGGAGAGACAGCACAAUUCGACCAGGUUGGCUGACGGUGGGACCCACCCUCACAAACAGCAACUUCAACGCAGAGACGUAUUCCUCGUAUUUCACGGCUCCCAAUUCGCACCUGACCGGCUGCACCGAGGAGAUCGAGAGGCUGCGGCCCAAGUCCCCGCCUCCCAAAUCCAAGUCUGACCGGGGUGGGGGUGCGCCCAGGGGAGGAGGAAGAGGAGGGACUUCGGCAGGACGGGGAGAAAGGGGCAGGGAGAGGAACAGAACCAACUUCCGCGGUGAGCGGGGAGGCUUCAGAGGGGGCCGUGGAGGGACCCAUCGAGGGGGCUUCCCCACCCGCUGAGGAG